AUGGUGGAAAAUGAGACAGGCUUGAAGAUCAAGAAGCUCAGAUCCAACAAUGGUGGUGAAUACGUAACCACCAGAUUCAAGAAGUUUUGCUAUGAGCACGAGAUCAGAAUGGAGAGAACCGUGCCUGGUACGCCUCAACACAAUGGUGUAGCUGAGC